CAUCUGAUCGCUGUUAACCUCACAAAAUAGACGUACGUAAACGAGUAAAGCAUUGUAAGAGACUUGAGAGAAACUGUGCAUAUCUUUAAUAAUAUAUCAAUUAUAUUCCAUUUAUUAGGGUGAGGGUUUAUUGUUUCAUUGAUUGAAAGUCUUUUAAUUUGCCAAUAUCAAGAAUGUAUUUACCUGGCUCCAUUAGACAGAUCACAUUAACUAAUUUCAUAACACAUGGAUAUGUUGAGGUUUAUCCUGGUCCUAAAUUGAACAUGAUUCUUGGAUCAAAUGGUAGUGGAAAAUCAUCAAUAGUUGCUGCAAUUAUUCUUGGUUUGGGAGGAACUCCAAAAACUAUUGGCCGUGGUCAACAGGUUUCUGAAUAUGUUAAACACAAUUGCAAUGAAGCAAUAAUAGAACUCAAGCUACAAGGCAAUACUGACGAUGAUGGGCUCCAAAUUACAAGAAAAAUCAAUAUAAGAGAUCAGACAACAUGGUAUAUCAAUGGGGAGAAGACAACAUUGAAUGCUGUGAAGACAUUUAUUUCAAAGUAUAAUAUUCAAGUUGAUAAUCUUUGUCAAUUUUUACCUCAAGAUAGAGUAGCUGAUUUUGCUAAAAUGAACAAGCAGGAGUUGUUGAAACAAACACAAAUUGCUCUAUGCAGGGAAGACUUACUGCAAAUGCAAGAGAAGCUUAUUAAAGAUAGAGAGAGGCAUAAGGUUUUAUCUGGCACACUAGAAAAUGAAGAGAAAAAAUGUGAAGAUUUAAAAGAUGCAAAUCAAAGGCUCGAGGGUAAAGUCAAAAAUUUUAAAAAGAUGAAGAAGUUUAAACAGGAGUUGGAAAAUAUAAAUAGAAAAAAGUUGUGGUUGAACUAUUUGGAGAAAGCUGAAGAGAGACAGAGUAUCAAGGAGCAGAGAGAUUUAGCUCACCAAGAAAUACAAGAGAAACAAAAUGCUUCCCAACCUUUAACAAUGGCCAUUGAGAGUGAAAGAAGAAAAUUGAAAAAUAUGAUGAAUAACCAUAAAGUGUUGGUGCAUCAAUUGAAUGCAAUAACAACUAGAGUAGAGUCUAAACAAGACAACUUUGAUAAAAUGAAGAAUGGUCUUCAAGACAUCAAGGAUGAAGUAAGUCAUAAAUUAACUGCGUUAAAAGAUGUGGAAGAAGAGAUGAACCACACGGAAGUUCGUCUCAAUCAACUACAGAAGAAUAAAGAAGAAGUUCAACAGCUUGUGAAUAAAGAAACCAAUGAACGUGAAACGCUUAGCAAGGAAUCUCAGACAAUCGAACACAACGUCAAUAAAUUAAUCACAAAAAUGAACACUUUGCGCGAGUCAAAGUCUAAUAAAAGUUUAGAAAUUCGUGCAUUGGAAAGUCAAAUAUCAUCACAAGAAAGAUUAAUGCAAAACCGAUUGUCGUAUCUGGAAAAAAUUGAUCGCGAUGCGUAUACUGGGACUAUUUGGCUACGUGAGCACAAACACCUGUUUCGUUCCGAUGUUUACGAACCUCUUAUGAUCGAAAUUAACGUUUUUAACCAGGCGCACGCCUUGUAUGUUGAGAAUUCAAUUGGAUUUCAAGAUAAAGUUGCGUUUUUGUGCACGGAUAAAGAAGAUGUAGAGACUUUAUCUGAGCAUUUAUGCACCAGACAAGGUUUGCGACUGAAUAUUCUGUAUCAAGAUCCUGCAACGUCCAAACCACGACCAAAAUUCAAUAUUGAACAACUGCGAAGAUUUGGUUUCAAUGCAUAUGUUGAUUCAUUGUUUAGCGCACCAAAUCCCAUCGUAAAUUAUUUAUGUAAACAAUAUAGUCUGCAUAACAUUCCUGUGGCGUUUCAAAACUCCACCUUUAAUGCUGAUGAAGUUCCUGUUCAUGUUUUCUACCGAGGCGAUGUAAAGUACAAUAUAACUGUGUCAAGAUAUACUGGCAACAAAGCAUUUAAACAAACAAUGAUUGCUUCGGAUAAAUCAUUGUCGUUUUGUAUUGAUCACGGGAAAAUUGAAAUGAUUCGUGGACAGAUGGCCGAAUUACAAUCAGAGUGUGAAGGAUUUGAUUCACAAGUGCAAGCAGUUGAUAAACAGAUUCAAGAUAUGCGCAGGUGUAAAACAACUAUUGAGUCGAAAAUGCAAGGCUUAAGAAACAAUCGUCAGCUCUUGAUGAAUCUUGAUGGUAAAAUUAAGAAUUUAGAGCUUAAAUUAAAUCAAAUUAGGGUACAAAACGCUGAAAAUUCCCAGGAAAAAAUUGAAGAGUAUGCUAGGGAUAAAUCAAAACGCCUGACAUCGAAAAUUAUUAAUCUAUUCAAAGGGAUCAAUGAAGAUUUUAAAGAAACAAGUGAAAAGAGUAUUGAAGUUGAGCUAGACAAACGAACAGUGGACGCUUGCCGUUUACGCAUCGAACCUAUGGAAAUUGAGUUUGAAGAUAUUCGGACUUCAUUGAAAGCAGCUGAAAUAAAACUUCAAAAAGCUCGCGAUGCUUUAAAUGAAAUUACUGGCGAAGCAAAAUAUUUGCUAUCGAAAGCUAAAGACAUUUCUGGUGGCUUUACACCUGAUGACGAAGGAUUUAAUCAAUUUCGUCCAAUUUAUGAUAAACUUCCCGAUGACAUUUCAAAAUUAGAAGUUGAACGUGAGCGAGCUAAUACGCGUCUACAAUGUUUGAAUAACUUUGCCGACGAAGGUGAAUUAGAAGAAUAUGAAGAACGCAUUGGUUUAAUAGAAGAGUUAGAAGGGAAACUUACCAGAGAAAGAUUGGAAUUGGAAGAGAUUACUGCAAAUAUGGACCAACAUGAACAAGAAUGGUUGCAGCCUCUUUCAGAGCUUGUCGAAAGUAUUAAUCAGAGUUUUAGUCGAGCAUUUCAAAGCAUGGGAUGUGCUGGAGAGGUUCAAAUAUUCAAAGGCGACGAUGAGAGGGAUUACCAGAAAUAUGGUAUUUGUGUUAGCGUGACUUAUAGGAAUGGUGCACCAUUGCAGGAGUUAAAUAAUGUCACCCAGAGUGGCGGCGAGAGAGCAGUGGCCACUGCUGCGUACAUGUUAUCCAUGCAGGAAUUGACUCCAGUGCCAUUUCGAUGUGUAGAUGAAAUCAAUCAAGGCAUGGAUGCUAACAACGAGAGGAGAAUUUUUGAUUUGUUGGUUGAUGUUACUUGCCAGCCUGAUACAAGUCAAUAUUUCUUUAUUACACCCAAGCUGGUUUCUGGUUUGAAGUAUGAACCUUCUAUUAAGAUACACUUCGUGCAUAAUAGUCCAUUUAUAGUUAACCAGUUGCAGUGGAACGAAGCCGAGGAAAAACGGAACAGGUAUGUUCAACUUCAAUGGUUAUCCUAAAUCGUAAGUUUAAUC